UGCGUCUCAUCCGAUACGGUUUUACGCGUCGAUAAUAUCGUGCCAGAGGCUUCAUUAUUGCUAUUAGACAUAUUUGUUUGUAGUGUCACCCUUCAUAUGGAAGUCAGCCAAGAGGAAAAUACAUAAUCAGAGGAUGAACUUUUCAGAAGGGAAACAUUUUUAGGAUUAUUUAGGCUACCUCUUUGGACUGCUGCGUAAAAAUACACGCUAUGUGACAACAAUGAAAGAAAAACAGUCUUUCCAAACAGGAAGUAGGAUAGUUCAGAAACCCUUUCCAACCAAUUGCAUAGUCAAAGCUGGAAAAAAAGUCAAACGGAUGCCACAGGAUAAGUGCGAACUCAAUGACAGUUCAGUAACAGCACUUCACUUGCAAUUAAUGGGCAAUAGACGGGACUGCUGCCAAUGCGACCAGGAUCCUGCAAGGGAUUAUGCGAAAUCUUAGAUGGAGAUGCGGAGAUACUUUGCCUUGCUGCUGAUCAUACUGGAGUGGAUUCGGCCUGGCCUGCCCUCCCCACUGCGGCCCAUCUGCGACCUGCGUGUUCUGAACCACUUUGUUAUGGAGGCACAGGAUGCACAGGCUGCUUUGAGGAUUUGUAAAGAGGAAUGCAGCAUUGCAGUACCUCUCACAGUUCCUCUGACCAGCGUGGAUUUUGCCGUGUGGGAAAAGAAAAAUACAGAGGAACAGGCUCAAGAGGUCCAGACAGGUUUAUGGCUAUUGAACACAGCCAUAAGCUCAUUCAGUGCAUCCAUCACCAACUCUGCACUCCACUCCCACAUAGACGCCAGCGUCAGAAACAUCGCCAGCCUCAAGCAGGUGCUGCGCAGCCUCAGUAUACAGGACUAUGUGCCUACAGUUGGUGGGACAGGGGAGAUAUGGACAGUGUCUUCAGCCUCAGAGCUCUUCCAGGUCCAUAUAAACUUCCUUCGUGGGAAAGUGCGCAAUUUGAUCCAAAAUGUCUGCCAGCAAAAUAAUAGAUGAUUGACACAUGGAAGGGACAGGAACCUUAACCGAUUGGAGCAGACCAUAACAGAAGGCGGAACAUUAGUACUAGACUAUUAAGGGCAUCAUGCUCACCUGCAUGGAACACUUUCUCUCCUUCAGUGAAGAAUGGAACAUUUUUCUUCAAGAACACUAGAUGGCCUUAGGAUGUAUUUCUAUUCACCGCUGCCCUGACCAAACAUUGCACACUUUUCUCUAGGUGAUGCAGCCUGUCACUCCUUUCUCCCCAUUUGACUGAUAUUUGUUAUAUCACAGAUGCAUUUGCAUCAACCCUAAUCAGAUGCCACUUUUAAUAAUUUUUUUUAUGAUGAAUUUGUGUUGAUUUUAUGUUGCUUAAUAUUUAUAUAGAUUUCUACUAGCUGGAUUAUGCUAUCAUUUUGGAGUAUGAGGAAGCUGUCUGCUUUCUGUCUUAGCCUUUAACACCUCUAAAAAAAAUUGAUCUGCUGCUUUUAAAUCAUAUUUAUCAUUCUCAGUAAUGCACUGAUUUUAUAUAAAAUGUAUUGUGUGUGAGUGAGAAUAAGUGUUUUGGAGAAUGUGUGUGUGAAAGUGAGUGAAUAUACGUAUUUCGAGUGUGU